CAUCAAAAAGCUCUUAUCAGAUUGUAAAGCAACAAAUCAUGAAUGUGGGCACUGCUCACAGCGAAGUCAAUCCAAACACCCGAGUUAUGAAUAGUCGGGGGAUUUGGCUAUCCUACAUCCUGGGGAUAGGCUUGCUUCAUAUCAUUCUCUUGAGUAUCCCCUUUUUCAGUGUGCCGGUGGUAUGGACGCUUACUAACAUUAUUCAUAAUAUGGGAAUGUACAUAUUUCUGCACACUGUAAAGGGAACUCCAUUUGAAACUCCAGACCAAGGAAAGGCCAGGCUGCUGACACACUGGGAACAGAUGGAUUAUGGAGUGCAGUUUACUGCCUCUCGCAAAUUUCUCACCAUCACACCUAUUAUCCUGUAUUUUCUUACCAGCUUUUACACAAAAUAUGAUAAAUUGCAUUUUGUUAUAAAUACAAUUUCUCUGAUGAGCGUUCUCAUUCCAAAACUGCCCCAACUUCACGGAGUCAGAAUCUUUGGAAUCAACAAGUACUGAAGAUGAACAAGAGAGUGCGUGUCGGAGAGGAAAUCCUAUUGCAGCAACAGCAGCAGUAAUGAUGCAUCAUCUCAUUCAUAUUUUAGUAUAUGUAAAUUUUAUGGGUUCAAACUGUUUUGUGAGCUCUUUAUUGUGAUUGGUGAAUGAAGCAGCUCAUCCAAUCGCUCAGAUAUAGCAUUAAAUAUUUGAGGCGUUCAGAGUAGAAAGGCUACUUUUUUGAUUACUGCCUGUAGAACCUAUUGGAUAAAUAUAUUGACCUGCCAUAUUGAAUUUUGGAGACCCUAGAAAUGGGCGCAAUUAGUUGAUGGUACGACAUGAUAUUUCGGCAUCUUUGGGAUAAAGCAAUGAUUUGUGGAUAAUAAAGUGAGUGAAGAUUCAAGGUUCUGAAUUUUAAAGAUGUUACAAUUAUUUCCAUUGUUGCAAUGAAAGUGCCCCAGAGACUCCAAUAUAAAAAUAUUUAUUUUCAGACUACAAUACGAGAAGCUUUUCUGUAUUACCGCAUUAAAUGCAAGGAUUAUUAUUAUUAAGGUACUCUACAACAUGAUAUAUUAUUGUUUUUGAAGAAACAGUACUGAGUCUUUAUUGUGCAUUUUAACUGCUUUAUUU